UCCUUGGGAGUUGGGAAUCCUGUGCCCUAAAGAAUUCCAGUUGAGAUCCGAACGGCUGAGUGGUGGAGGCAACGGUGUAAGGCCGGAGGGACAAUGUUCUACUACCCCAAUGUGCUUCAGCGCCACACCGGCUGCUUCUCCACGAUCUGGCUGGCAGCGACACGUGGCAGCCGACUGGUGAAGCGCGAAUACCUGAAGGUGAACGUAGUGAAGACCUGCGAGGAAAUCCUCAAUUACAUUCUGGUACGAGUGCAACCCCCGCAGCCUGGCCUGCCACGUCCUCGCUUCUCCCUCUAUCUCUCAGCCCAGCUCCAGAUCGGUGUGAUCCGGGUCUACUCUCAACAAUGCCAGUAUCUCGUGGAGGACAUCCAACACAUCCUGGAGCGCCUGCACCGUGCCCAGCUGCAGAUCCGCAUCGAUAUGGUUGUGCCUGAGCUACCCAGCCUGCUGCUUCCUAACUGCCUGGACAUGAUGGAGACCCUGGAAGAUGCUCCAGACCCCUUUUUUGGGAUGAUGUCUGUAGAUCCCAGACUUCCUAGUCCAUUUGAUAUCCCUCAGAUUCGACACCUCUUAGAGGCUGCGAGCCCAGAGAGAGUUCUUGAGAAGAUCCCUCCAGAAGUGCCUACAGAGCCCAGGAAGCCAGAGAGGAUUCUGGUCACUGUGCUGCCUCCUGAGGUCAUCACCCUCCAGGAAGCAGAGCCCAUACAAAUGCUGCAGAUUGAGGGUGAGCAGGAUCUCCCAGAGGUUACUCGCCGCGAUUUGGACCUGUUGAUUGCAGAAGAAGACGAAGCUAUCUUGUUAGAGGAAGUCCCCCCACUCUCGCCUCCAGCUCCUGCAGAGGUGGAAGUGACAGGAGAGCUACUUCCAGGCCUGGUCCUGGGUCCUGAGGAGCUGAAGCUGCCAGGCUGGGAGCCUGAAGCCCCCGUCAUGGAGGUGACUCCCCCACCAGAGCUGCGUCUGCCAGCCCCGCCCAGCCCAGAGAGGCUCCCGGUUGUUCCAUCUCCUGUUCGCCGCCGCCGCCGCCGCCAAUUACUGUUCUGGGACAAGACGACUCAGAUCUCCCGGGAGAAAUUCCAGGAACAACUGCAAACCAGAGCCCACUGCUGGGAGUGUCCAAAGGUACAGCCUCCUGAGAGGACCAUCACAAGCCCUGCAGAGUUGCUCCGAACCCCAACUCACUCUGCCCGGCUACCCCCAGAACUACUGGCUUUCUGGACCCGCUGUGCCCAGCUACCCCCAAGAGUUCUCAGGCGAAGGCUGCCCCCAGAGGCUGAAGAGGAGGCUGCUGAGAGGGAGUUAGUAGCCGAGGAGGAAAGGAGAAAGAUGGAAACUCCUAGUGACAUCGAGGUCCUGAGGGAAGCCCAGGAGCCUAGUGGUCCCCUCUUGCUGUCUUCAGAGCUCUCCCUAGAAGCAGCAGAAGAGGAGAAAUCCCGCACCAUCCUCAUCCCGCCAGAAGAACGGUGGGCCUGGACUGAAGCAGAGCAGCCAGAGCUUCCUGCAUUGCCUGUGGUGCCUGAACUCCCCGAGGUGCCCAUGGAGAUGCCUUUGGAGCUGCCCCCAGAACCUGAGCUGCUCUCACUGGAAGCCGUGCACAGGGCAGUGGCACUGGAGCUGCAGGCUAACAGGGAACCCGACUUCAGCAGCCUGGUGUUGCCUCUCAGCCCCCGCAGGAUGGCUGCUCGAGUCUUCUACCUGCUCCUUGUGCUCUCGGCACAGCAAAUCCUUCAUGUGGAACAAGAGAAGCCAUAUGGGCGCCUCCUGAUCCAGCCAGGACCCAGAUUCUACUGAGGCUGGAACUCAUUUACAAAGCUGCCAGAAGACCAGCUUCAUUAAAUAAACCACGUCCUGCCUCAC